GUCGGGGGCGGGGCCUGCCCGCAGCUCCGCGCCUGCGCCCCAGGCCCGGGCCGCCGGACUCCUGCUUCUUCUAGGAGUCAAGAUGGCGGCCGGGGGAGCCCGGAGCCGCCGCGGAGCCUGAGUGUCUGACAGGAGCCGGGCGGCGGCGGGAGGAGGAUGGCCGGGGGCGCUGGCGCCGGUGCAGACGGCGGUGCGGGCGGUGGCGGCGGGGGCGGGGGCGACGGCCGCGGUCCCAGCGGCGGCAGCAGCAGCGACGGGAAGAGCCUCCGGGAAAUGGAUGAAAAAAGGCUGCUGGAUCCAGACUUGAAAGUUCAUAGAGGCCUCUGGGAUCACACUCUGAAGAGCCGGCAGAUGGAAUGCCCUAGUGACUGAAGAAAUGGGCGCCAAUGCGUCUGCCUACCCCCAGUCAUGUCCCCCCAGGGUAGGGGGCGAUCCUCAAGCUCAGCAGACUUUCAUAGGGACGUCAUCCUAUUCUCAGCAAGGCUAUGGUUGUGAAUCAAAGUUAUACAGCCUUGACCAUGGCCACGAGAAACCACAAGACAAAAAGAAGAGAACCUCUGGCCUUGCCACCCUCAAAAAGAAAUUUAUCAAGCGUCGGAAAUCCACCAGGUCUGCCGAUCAUGCCAAGCAGAUGCGAGAGCUCCUCUCGGGUUGGGAUGUCAGGGACGUCAAUGCCUUAGUGGAGGAGUACGAGGGGACAUCAGCCUUGAAGGAGCUCUCUCUCCAGGCCAGUUUGGCUCGGCCGGAAGCCCGGACAUUGCAGAGAGAUAUGGCUGAUCUUUACGAGUACAAAUACUGUACUGAUGUAGACUUGAUAUUUCAAGAAACUUGUUUUCCAGCGCAUCGUGCCAUUUUGGCAGCAAGGUGUCCGUUUUUUAAGACGCUGCUUUCUUCCUCACCUGAGUAUGGGGCAGAAAUCAUGAUGGACAUCAAUACAGCCGGCAUAGACACGCCCAUGUUUUCCACUUUGCUACACUACCUUUACACAGGAGAGUUUGGGAUGGACGACUCAAGGUUUCAAAAUGUCGAUAUCCUCGUUCAGCUCAGUGAAGAAUUCGGAACCCCCAAUUCCCUCGAUGUAGACAUGCGCGGGCUCUUUGAGCACAUGUGUUACUACGAUGUCGUCCUUAGUUUUCCUUCAGACUCUGAACUGGUGGAAGCUUUUGGUGGCAAUCAGAACUGCUUAGAUGAAGAACUCAAAGCUCACAAGGCUGUUAUUUCAGCACGGUCUCCAUUCUUUCGAAAUUUAUUACAAAGGAGGAUACGAACUGGUGAAGAAAUCACAGAGCGGACUUUAAAGACUCCCACAAGAAUCAUAUUAGACGAGUCCAUUAUACCAAAAAAAUACGCAAAGGUGAUAUUACACUGUAUGUAUACCGAUGUGGUGGAUCUCUCUGUUCUACACUGUAGCCCCUCUGUGGGGAGUCUCGGUGAAGUUCAGGCUCUUGUGGCAGGGAAGCCAGGCAUGACCAAGGCAGAAGAAGCCAUGGAACUUUACCACAUAGCGCUGUUCUUGGAGUUUAAUAUGCUUGCACAAGGCUGUGAGGAUGUCAUUGCCGAGAGCAUCUCCUUAGACACCUUAGUCGCCGUCCUCAAGUGGAGCUCUCAUCCAUACGGCUCCAAGUGGGUGCACCGGCAGGCUUUGCAUUUCCUCUGUGAGGAAUUUCCCCAGGUCAUGACUUCGGAUGUUUUUUAUGAACUCAGCAAAGACCAUCUGCUUGCCGCUAUCCAGUCUGACUACCUACAGGCAAGUGAACAAGAUAUUCUUAAAUAUCUGAUUAAGUGGGGUGAACAUCAGUUGGUGAAAAGGAUAGCAGACAGAGAGCCAAACUUACUGAGUGGCACUGCUCACAGUGUGAACAAAAGAGGCGUGAAGAGGCGAGACCUGGACAUGGAGGAGCUCAGAGAGAUCCUUUCUUCUCUGCUGCCUUUUGUGAGGAUCGAACACAUCUUACCUAUCAGCAGUGAGGUCCUGAGCGAUACAAUGAAAAGAGGCUUGCUUAGUACUCCUCCAUCAGACAUGCUUCCCACAGCAGAAGGCGGAAAGUCCAAUGCCUGGUUACGGCAAAAAAGCGCAGGGAUCUAUGUUCGUCCACGUCUGUUCUCUCCCUAUGUGGAGGAAGCGAAGUCGGUGCUUGACGAGAUGAUGGUGGAACAGACGGAUCUGGUGCGCUUACGAAUGGUCAGGAUGUCUAACGUGCCAGACACACUCUACAUGGUCGGCGACGCCGUGCCACAGUGCUGUCACGUGAUCAGCCACCAGCAGCUCAGCAGUAGCCAGUCCAGCCCUCCUUCAGUCGUAGCCAAUGAGAUCCCAGUCCCUCGUCUCCUCGUCAUGAAAGAUAUGGUCAGGCGUCUGCAGGAACUCCGGCACACAGGGCAGGUGCAGAGAGCCUAUGCGCUGAACUGCGGGGAAGGUGCCACCGUCAGCUAUGAGAUUCAGAUCCGAGUGCUCAGAGAGUUUGGCCUAGCGGAUGCUGCUGCAGAGCUUUUACAGAAUCCUCACAAGUUCUUUCCUGAUGAGCGUUUUGGGGAUGAGAGUCCGCUCUUGACAAUGAGACAGUCUGGGAGAUGUCGCGUCAACAGUACCCCCGCUACAGAAACCAUGUUUACAGAUCUGGACUCUUUUGUGGCCUUCCAUCCGCCCUUGCCCCCUCCACCACCUCCAUACCACCCUCCAGCGACACCAGUCCACAACCAACUCAAAGCAGGCUGGAAACCCAGACCGCCCAGUCUGCAGCAUCCUUCCCGAUCGUUUUCUUACCCCUGUAACAAUUCGCUGUUUCACUCCAGAACAGCUCCGAAUGCUGGCCCCCCUCCCGUCUACCUGCCAGGUGUCAGAGUGGCAGCACCUGAUCGUACCAGCACCACAGGGCUGGGGAGGCAGACGGUAGCGGCUGCGGCUGCCAUGGCCGCUGCCUCGGCAGCAAUGGUGCCUGAGAAACAAGUGUGUGCCCCGCCUGUGCUCAACGACCUGAUGCCAGAUAUCGCCAUGGGCAUGUCCACACUGUCACUCAAGGACAGGAGGCUUCCAGAACUUGCAGCAGACACAGGGAUGAGCCAGUCCGUGUCCGAGGUAGGACCGGGGCCACCCCCGCAUCUGCCGUGCCUCACACAGAGGCACACACACACUUCCCGAAAGAAGGGGACCCUAGAGCAGAAGUCAGAGCGGGAGUACCCAGAUUUCUAUGACUUCUCGAAUGCUGCUUGCAGACCUCCCACCCCGCCCCCCUCGCACGGGGGCUGCUUUGGUCCCGAUCUGUACAGCCACAGUAAGGCCUCACCCAGUGGCUUGAAGCCCACUUGUCUCCCCAGCCAGACCUCCCCUAAAAAGCUGGAAGACGCCCGAAGAGAAUGUCCGCUGUCCCCCGACGGGCCUCCACACAGACUGAAGAGCGAGCCCAUCCGCCUGGAUGUGGUGGAGCGGCCUCCGCCACGGCCAGACUGUGCUCUGGCGGCUCCAGAAAACCCAGGCAGUGGGCCAGCCCUCAGCCAGGGCCGGACAGCAGUGGAGACCGACCUGACCUUUGGGCUGGGCCCUCACAGACCGUCACAUUCUGCGUGCGGCUCUGCCACCUCAGAAGAGAGGUCCGGCAGGAGGCUGCCGGACAGUGAGUCCUCGGGCCCUGGAGCUCAGCGGAGCGCGGAUUUGCAGAGGGAGGAUGCUGUGAGCAGGGGACGGAGGUCCCCCAGCAAGCCGGACUUCCUCUACAGAAAGUCUGCCCUGUGAGAGCAGCCCGUUGACGGUGCCUGGACAGGACCCUUAGCGUGCAAGCCCACCCGAGACCAGUUUGUCCACGCCAGCUGAUGACGAGCUUCCCUUCACUUCCGUGUGUGUGCGCGCGUGUUGUCAGUGUCAGUGUCAGACUUGGUGUGCCGAGAGGGUCAUGCGACAGCUGCAUACUUGGUGUCGGGACUGGUGUGGGGAAGCACCUUAACAGCAGGGCUGGCACUUUGUUCCUCUCUUUACAAAUGAUGUUUUUCGGGGUUUUUUUUUUUUUUUUUUUUUGCACUUGUACAUUUCUUUUGUCUGUAUUGAUUUUGUAUCAGUAUGUUAAGCCUUAUUGCCACAUUUUAAAGGACUGUAUUUUCAUACUUUUUUGCAUUUUACCUUUCACCUACCAAUUUCCAUGUGCAUUGAAUUGCACACGAAGAUGUAUUUUCUUAUGAAAUAGUUCUGUGUUUAUUUUUAAUUAUAGAAAUUCCAAAGAACAGCACGUCAAAAUGCUCUUCUCUUUUCAGUAAUUGUUUUAGUUCAGAAAUCUUCCUGCUCAGUCUCCAUCAAUCUAAUGACUUAAUUUCACCCCCCCCCCUUUUUUUUUAAUAGUCUGGGGAGCGUGUCUUCAUUCCUCCAGCAGAAUUUCAGUCAGACCCAGAAAUUCUCCGGUUAAGCUAAAGAUCAGGAAGGAGAAAGCCCUUCUAUGCCCAGUCUAGAACAAUCACUUUAUUCACAGUGUAGAUGCUGUCAGCAUCGCUAAGAGUUCAGGGAGAGUGAACUAGAGUUCAUAGUAAGGCUCUAAAGAGAGGGAGUUCUUGGGGCCCGACAGCGGUAAAAAUCUUGACAGUGGCUUGAAGGGUCGCACAAACAGGUUUUCUGGUUCUGAGCGUCAGCUCCCAGCUGAUGGGGGAAGGACUGCUCCCCGCCUUCGGUGUGUUGCUGUCUGUGAGGAAAACAAAAACAAAAGGGCUCUGUCUUAUGGAUGUCAUGUGGUGUUUGUAAGCAUAGGUUUUAUUUUCAGUGUGUUUUUAAGUAUGUCUGAACCCUGGUGUCCUAUCAAAGUUUGUUGGACAACACAUAAUGCUUUCUCACCAAAAAAAAGAAAGAAAGAAAGAAAAGCUUAUUUUUUGUCCCCACCGAAACACUACGCGUCCUACUUGAACUCUGCUGGGGAUGCUGGUGUGGGAUUUUCUGAACCACUGAGCACAUGGGCCCGUUAAGGUCCUUUCCCUGGGAAGGGCAAUGUGUGAGCUGAGGACUGUUGUUCGUUACUCUCCGGUGUAAAUAUGUUCGACUUUGAGGUUUCAGUCACGUAGCCGUUACGUGGACACUCACUCAGCGUUUUUACACACACACAAAGCCGUAGCACUUAGAAGCAAAGAGACUUUCGGUGUCUGGCAUCUCUUUUCCUUGUCUGUGUACAUGCAAAACUAUGUAACUAUGCAGGGCUAGGGAGCCUUUACAAGCUACCAUAGAAACGAAUCACAUGCACUUGUCAGUGACUAGGUUUCUGUUGGGUGUCGACAGCUCUGAUUUUCCCGAAACUAGUUUCUUUUACUGUCUUUUCCUACUUUUACCCUGUGGAUAUACACUCAGGAAUAAUCUGACAUUUUGAAACGUCCAAACAGUAGAGAUAUUGUCAAAGACGGGGGCGAGUCAGCUUCUCUGUCCACGCCACCAAACUGCUGCCACUCGCUCUCUGCCUGGCCGGUCCCUGCCGCCUGUGCAUCCGGCCCACCCCGCCGUCACCGGCAACCUGAGCGCCAGUCACCGUGAAUGCACUGAGUCAGCCCCACGUCUCUGAGGCUCCCCCUUGAGAAAAGGCGUAAAAGCAUAGGACUCUUCUCGCUUUUAGGAGGUCUGACUUUUUAUGAUAGAUGAUGGUGUCUUUUGAAGCCGGUCAGAGUCUGUCCCUACAGAAUCAAGAGUUAAGUCCAUUGUGCUCCUUUGUGUGUGCUGACAUGAGGUAUUCUGAUACGCUUCAGGUUUCCGCCCUGGGGACAUACGCAGCCAAGCAAUACUGCAAAUCAUAAUGGAACGGGGCAGAUUGGUUGGGCUGGGGGUGUAGCUAGAACUGUCUUGCCUCUGCAGGGUUAAGCCAGAGCUUUUGACGCCACACAGUCACUUCUGAAAAUCUAUUAAAUGUCCUUUCAUAUCCUUGAGAUCGAAUUGUAAAAGCAAGUGACCUCUGUUUAGAGUACAGUUUAUCGAGUUUAUUUUUGAUGAUGUAGUGAGUGGUUUGCCUGCCUGAGCUUUGCUCUUCAUCUGGGGACUGGGGGCCGGGGACCUGCAGAAAGAAAGUCUGUCAGCUGUGGCUUGUGUUGAGGCUAGUUGACAGUGGACUCUGCUGUAUCUUGUGAAAUGCGGCUAACAAGGGAGAGAGUAGCUGUGUGCCUCUGACCUCUGGCCUCUGACCCCAUCUGCUGAGUCUCUCAGUACUUGCUCAGCAUCACAGCCCAUCAGUGCUGACCUGAGGUCAGUGUGAAGCCUGAGUACGACUGUCUCAGAGGAAAAGGCCUGCAUGAGGCACAGACCACAGCACGGGGCAUCUUACUCGGUGCAGAAAUGUGCGAGAAUUAUCUCGGACCCACCACCAGGGCCUCCGCCCCGCAGUGUCCAGGCUGCAGGGUUCCAUCCCAGAGCAGGGCAGGGCAGGGCAGGGCAGGGCAGGGCAGGGCAGAGACACAGAGAAUUCUUCGAGAUUCCUGGGUUACGCUUCUGUCUCAGUUUUGUGAUCUUUGUGGAUUUGGUUCAGGGGCAGCAGUGACUUCUAAGGGGGAAAAAUAGCAUCAAAAGCAAAUAUUAUUCCUAAAAAUGGUGAGCUUCCCUUCUUUUUUUCCUCCCAUGUCCCGUGACUUCAGCCUUCCAGGCUUUUGGUGCCCAGCCAGAUUGUACGUUUUUUAGUGAGUCCUUUCUUUAGAUGUUUUGGAGAGUGCUCUGGGACACUGCUCUUGUUUCCCAGUUGUGUUCCUUCACAGGGCUUUCUUUGGACUUGUCGGGGUUCUAGCUGCAGGCAGAGUCGCUCCUUGAGUUGAGGUGCCAUGCAGAGAACACCCACAGGGGCCAGGGGCCAGGGGUCAGGGGCCGGCAGUGUGUGUGACAGCCAGCGGCAGGGCUCAGGCUGCCUCCACCUGCCAUUUCUCAGCACUGCGUGGCAGACGCGACCUCUGCCUGAAGCUUCGUCCAAGUGUUUCAGGAAACGCUCAUAAGAUCACUGGCUGCGGCCGGCCACCGUAAGGAAAUGUGUGUUACUUAGUUUCCAAGAUGUCUAGUCGACUUUCCACUCUGUGCUUAGCAUCCCAGUGGCGGGUGCCGCUCCUGGUAAUGCAGAGCUUCUCCUUGUCUGUCUGCUCAGCAGUCUGCUUUGACCCCACUGACAGCGACUGUGCCCUUCUCCACUGGCGCUGUCGUGUGGGCCAUGGGCUUGUUCUCCCCCCCUCUGGCAAGCCUUCCGCUCUCCGAGUAUGUGGUUUCCACAGGAAGAUCACUUGCAGGUUACCUUUGGUGUCUGUGUGUCUGUCUGUCUGUGUGGGUUCUGUGGACGAGGUGAGACGGGCUCCUGGCGCUUGGCCGUGCCCCCGCUCGCGCCUGUGUCUGGCUCCGUGGCAGGUGGCAUGGUGCCCUGCUGAAGAGGGUGUGGUUGACAGAAAGCUCCCUGGACCACGUGCCGUUCCUUCCACCUCUGUGCUUCAGAGAGGCGGGCAGUCUCCCCGACUGCGUUUCCCGAGGUUGUGAGGUUGUGCUGUUACCGUAUCAAGUCAAGUGCCUUCGACGCUAAAGGCUCAGAAAUUUUCUUAAACCGAUUUCAUGUCCUAUGCAAGCGUUUUCUACAACCUGCAUAACCAGUACUUUGUAAACUUGUUUACGCUUCAAACUGUUCAUAGUGUUUUUUAAAGAAAUAUAUAGUAUUUUUAUUUAGGUACCUCCAAACUUGAAUCGUCUGUGUGAAGCAUUGUAAAGCGAUGUGUUUGUCUUUUGAGUAUCAUUACACUUGUAUACAGGUUUCCACUGGUUCUAUUUUUCUACUGUUACGAUAAGCAUGUAUCGCCGACUCUCCGUCCAGUCGGCAUUUCCAAUAAAUGGCUUGUCCAGA